AAAUGGGGAGCCUGGUCCGUAAAACCCCAGCUUCUGAACGCUUUGAAUCUCCCUGAGGGUGUGUGUCCGGGCGCGGACUUCUCGGUGACAACGCGAGGAAGAAGUGAUUCCGAAGAAUCGGCAAGCGUUGCCCAGUGCCCGCUCUGGGCUCGGAAUCGCGCCGAGUGUUGCAAGCGAGCGUUCGGUCUCCCCUUCACUUUGUGGGGGGAGGGGAGACAACGGGGUCCUAAGCCCCUCAGGGCAAGGGCCCGGGUGCCCCCAUCUCGUAGGCAGGACUCUUUCCACGGGCAGCAGAAAAUAGGAGAGUUUGGAAGGGGGGAGCUUCCUCACACUAAUCCCCGGUGGGGCGGUGGGCUGGUUGAUUUGUCAAUGCAAAAUCCUUUCAAAAAGAUACUCGACACGGUAAAUCAGACUCCCUGAGACACACCGGAUCCAGACCGAGAGAAGGGAAACGCAAAACUAUGAUGUUUGGUCCGUCGCGGGUACCGUAGCACCGGGCUGCCGGGGGCGGUCUUAGUUGGCCGGAAGUAGAAGCUCAUCCUUUUCCGUCUUCCUCUGCUUCUUAGCAGUUGUGAGUAUCUCUCUCGCGGUAAGCCGGGGGAGAAUCCAGUGCCAUCCUCAGGCUAGACGUCUCGGGCCACACGCAGCCCCCCCCUCCUGCCGCCGCCGCCAUGCCAAGGAAAAUUGAGGAAAUAAAAGACUUCCUGCUCACAGCCAGGCGAAAGGAUGCCAAAUCUGUCAAGAUCAAGAAAAAUAAGGACAAUGUGAAGUUUAAGGUUCGAUGCAGCAGGUACCUGUACACAUUGGUCAUCACAGACAAAGAAAAGGCAGAGAAACUUAAACAGUCCUUGCCACCUGGUUUGGCUGUGAAGGAGCUGAAGUGAAGGAAUUAUUCAAUGUUCUGCCUGUAUUAAAAUAAUAUAGAAAAAAAAAAGAA